CUUUACUCCAGAGAAAAGGGAAGAGGAGGGGUGGAGGAACACGCGCCGGUAGUGGGAUGGACGGGUAAAGCAUGGAGUCGCGCAUAUUUGAGCUGCCAGAGGCGAGACGAGCACUUCACCGGUGAAUGACUGACGGGUCGCUCUUCAGACGCCCCUCACUAAUCCCGGACCCCAUCCAUUAGCUUAACCAACGACUGAACACCGAGUUCGGGAUAUUUCUGACUUUCUGAAACGGCCGAGCGCCGAUUUUAAGAUUCGUCGAGCAUCUGGACACAUCGCCGAGGAAACCAUGGAGACGGAACCGUCACAGUUAGCGACCAACGGAGCGAACGAAAUCGAGCCUCUGCCGGUGGACUAUCCCGGAGGAGAGAUGCCAGCCUCUCUCGGUGCACGGAGAGGCUCCAGCGUGAAGAAACAUCACCACAAACACAACCUGAAGCACCGCUACGAGCUGCUCGAAACCCUCGGGAGAGGAACAUAUGGAAAAGUGAAGAAAGCCAUAGAGCGGCAUACUGGACGAGUGGUGGCGAUUAAAUCCAUUCGAAAGGAGAAGAUUAAAGAUGAACAAGACAUGGUGCAUAUCCGCAGAGAGAUCGAGAUCAUGUCUUCUCUCCGCCAUCCACACAUCAUCUCUAUAUACGAAGUGUUCGAGAAUAAGGAUAAGAUUGUGAUCGUGAUGGAGUAUGCCAGUAAGGGCGAGCUGUACGAUUACAUCAGCGAGCGCCGAAGGCUCAGCGAAAGGGAGACCAGACACUUCUUCAGACAGAUUGUCUCUGCUGUUCAUUACUGCCACAAGAGCGGAGUAGUACACCGGGAUCUCAAGCUGGAAAACAUCCUCCUGGAUGACAACGGUAACAUUAAGAUUGCAGAUUUUGGUUUGUCCAACCUCUACCACAAGGACAAGCUUCUUCAAACGUUCUGUGGCAGCCCGCUUUAUGCCUCCCCUGAGAUUGUGAACGGACGACCAUAUAGAGGCCCGGAGGUUGACAGUUGGGCUCUUGGUGUAUUACUAUACACUCUUGUGUACGGAACAAUGCCUUUCGAUGGAGGAGACCACCAAAGACUCAUUCGCCAGAUCAGCAACGGAGAAUACAGAGAACCGCCGCAGUCAUCAGACGCUCGUGGUUUGAUCCGUUGGAUGUUGAUGGUAAAUCCAGAUCGCAGGGCUACAGUUGAGGACAUUGCAAAUCACUGGUGGGUUAACUGGGGCUGGAAGACCAGCGUGUGUGACUGCCAAACGCAAAGGGAGAACAGCUCGCCCAUGCUGGCCCGCUUCAUUGACUGGCAGAACCGCACCGAGGUCCGUCCAGGCAAAGUUCAACGUCCAGAGCCUGGAAACACUAACAAUGGCACAGCCUUGACUCCUGCCUGGCGUCUGAGAAAGUCCAUGAAGGAGAACGAUGGUGGCGUAUGGGGUGUAGCAGAGGAGAAGCCAGGCCUCAAGAGACCAAAGAGUAUCCUGAAGACUCGGGCGACCAGCGGAGACCAGCGGUCCCAGAGUCUGUGCGAAGUAGAGCUCAGACGAUCCAUUUGCUACCAAGACGUGGAGUCCGGCUCGAGUCCUGAGAGAGAAGACACCCUGGGCGGCUCGCCAGCUAAAAUGGUGUCCAUGUUACCCAAGAAAGGGAUUCUGAAAAACAAUCAGCAACGGGAGUCUGGGUAUUACUCCUCGCCGGAGCGCAGCGAAUCCUCCGAACUGCUAGGGGGCGCUACUGUGCAGCCUCCGAAUAGCUCUCCGCCCAAGCGGACUGUUGGGAGGAAAGGUAUACUGAAGCGUAACGGGAAAUAUUCCACACAUAGUGCUGUAGGAGGUCAUGGAGAGGGCCAGGCAGACUCAACUGGCUCGCGGAGCCAAAGCAGACCCUCCAGCAUCUUGUACGAGGAGACGGGUCUAUCCAGCAUGGGGUUGGACUGGCCGCCAGCCUCUCCGAAACCCAACAUCCGGGGCUCGCUUUCCGCCGAAGACUUGCUGCAGAUGGCUGGGUUCAGGGGCCUUCAGACCGUGGCGCCACUUCCUGGUGGAAAGGGCAUCCGCAGCCCUCCCGGUUCCCCUGGAGACAAUGGGAGCUUCUCCUUGCUGGGCGAUCUGGAUGAUGUUACCCAGGUGUACCAGAAAGCCCUGGACAUCAGCAGCCAGCUAGGCUAGACUUGGACAAAAUGACAGAGACUGGAAGAGUGAAUGAUUCCCAGCCUGUACUUCUCAUCACAGUACUGCUGGGUAUAUGUUUACAGGUCGAGAAGCGGGACAUUUCAAAUCUCCAUUCACCAACUCAUGUUGAUGAGCAUUUCUCAUGAUAUUCUCGUUUUAGACUCCACAGUCGAGGGGGAACAACGGAAGCACUUUAAAGCGGCUGUUCUCCGAGAUGCAGCACGUAUUGACAGCUGGGAUUGUGUUAUUUAAAUUACUGUAUUUAUCUGUCGUUCAUGGUUUGGACAUUUUGAAAACACCAAGGCCAUUUCAUAGUUUAUGGGAGAGCGUUUAAAGCGAUACAGGUCAUUCAUUACGAAAAGUGUUAGACAAACUCCAUUUGAACACCUGUAUAAUAAAUUCUCAUUGUAUAAUACCAGCAAUUUCAGUGAAGUACAUGCACAGCAGUGCAUCAGUAAUGCUAAGAUUUAAAGAAAAUUAAUGUUUUCGAGACUUUGCAAAGAUGUAGGGUUAUUAUACAACAAAAUUAGAGCAUUUUGUCUUUAGUAGGCUAUCUUUUGUGAACUGUUUUUACUACACUUACAGAAAAGUACCAAAGGUUACUACAGUACUACCAUGUUUUUUUAACAUGUAUCAUGGCCCUAGUAUGGUAUUGUUUGGUACCAAUACAAAUGCUAAAAAAAAAUCUGUUGACUUUGGCAGCCCUAAAAUACUACAUAUAAUGACUGCAAUUAACUACAAAAAAAUCUAAUCUACACAAAAACUACUACAUAAAUACAAUAAAAGUUAUAAUGUUAAUUUUGUCAAAGUGCAGUGAUAUUACCUUCACUGGUACUCUUUUUUUUGUAAGGGAAGUACUAAGAUGUUGUAAAGGGUACCGAAAAUACACUGAGAGGACAUCAUGAUCCCAGAGCUUGUUUUAACAUGUUGUGACCGAGACAUGCAAAUGCUGACAUAUCUCUGAGAUCAGCUAGAGAGCAACUAGUCAAACACAAAGCACAGAAAAGGUCAUAGGGCAAAGGUUGGGUCAGUGUUAUGAUGCCGUACAUUCUCUCUCACGCAGACACACACACACACACACACACACACACACAAUGGCAAAUAUAUGAGCUCCCUGAAGCACGGAAGUGUGGAAAGACAAGCGCCGACCUACGGUGUAAUAUUGGUCCAGAAGUGACCCACGUUUCAACAGCAAACGGCUUUAGGAAAGAGACGCAAAAAUAUUCUUUUCACAAGGCAGAGUGUUAAAAGAUACAAUCUUAUGGCAGUAGAUUAUGAAAACAAAGAUUAAGAUUAAAAAGGUUUCACUUGAAAAAUGGGAAUCAAAAGGUCACGUCUCAAACUGUAAAAUUGUCAGGAAGUGGUAUAUAAUGUGUAUGUGCAAUUGUUUAUUAUUCAACAUACAAUGGCAUGUCAAGAUAAAAAAAAAGAUAAUACUAUGCCAUUUUUUUGUUACAUUCUGUUCAUUUUUGGUUGUUCCUCUAGUUUAAUUGCUCACACAGGCUUUUUUUAAAACAUUGCUUGCAUGAGGCAUUUGUACUGUGAGUUAAGCGUGAACUAUAAUAGUCUAGCUUUAAACUUUAAGUAUGUGCUCAAUAUUAAAAUCUACGUUAAUAGAAGGCAUUUCCAUCAACCUAAGCAUCAGCGUGGCAGUUUUAUAUGAAGUACAGUGUAACCAUCAAUAUAUAUAUAUAUAUAUAUAUAUAUAUAUAUAUAUAUAUAUAUAUAUAUAUAUAUAAUUAACUGGAAAAAGAAUGUUUAUCCUAUAGGAUAUCUGUUAUAGGUCAUUGAGAAAACUUGACUGGAUAUACAACAUAUUUAAAUUGUGUUAUUUAAUGCGUCUUGUAUUUGUAUUCUGUACGUUGCCAUUGCUAUUUGUUACUCUGUAAAAAAAUUUUUUUUUUUUUUACUCUGACUUACGAUUGUCUUGAUUUGUGCCUUCAUUGACAUAAGAUUGUCCUGAUGUUAAUGUUAUUCUCAGUUUAAAUAAUAUGCAGUAUUGUGUAAAUGUUUUUAAAUAGGCAUCCAUGGAAAAGAGGUUUGUCUGAAUGGUUUGUUAUGAGCACAGUUAGGUGGUGUAUUAAACCUUGUGCUGUUUGUGCUCAGUGCAAAACAUUGUCACUUCGUCUAAUAAAUGUCUGGAUCUAAA